CGGAGGAAAGGCUGAAGGAGCAGUUCAGAGAUGCUCCUCAGCCUCGUGGUGUGUUUACCUGAACAGGGAGCAGGAAAAGCUGCCCUCUGUGAGUGUUUGAACUCAAACACAAUCUACUGAGAGGCCAAGAAUUGGAAGCUGGAAAUGCGCAGAUCACCAUUAAUGUUUGAUUGAUAAGAUACAGAUAUCGAUGCCUUAAAGCAUUAUUGAUGAAACAGAAAAUCCGUGCUGGACAUCAGUGAUAUCAGAGCUCGAUUACUAGGGCUGUGUGGUUGUGCAGGCAGCUCGGCUCUCGGCUGUUUCUGUCUGUGUUUAGCGUGGCGUUAGCUUGUGUUAGUAGCGAUACCAACGCUCCCUCCGGCUGUUCAGUCGCGUUGUUAUCGGGGUACAGAUGGAGGGCGACUCGGUGAAACUGUCCAAAAACCUGCUGCGCAUGAAGUUCAUGCAGAGGCGUCUGGAUGCAGAGACGAAGAAGCAGCUGGAAGAAGACGAGCGGAGGAUCAUCAGUGACGAGCACUGGUUCCUGGACUUGCCCGAGCUCAAAGCUAAAGAGAACCUGAUCAUAGAAGAGAAGAGUUUUGUUCCCUGUGAGGAUCUGAAGUACGGCCGUCUCUCCUUCAAAGGGUUCAAUCCUGAAGUCGAGAAGCUGAUGGCUCUGAUGAACCCCAGGGAGGAAGAGGAGGAGGAAGAGGAGGACCUGAGCCGGAUGCAGACGGAUGUCACAGAUGAAGAAAUGGCUCUGAGGUAUGAGAGUUUAGUCGGAAGCAUGAAGAAAAAGUUCGCAAAGAAGCGAGAGCGAGCGGCGCUGGAGGCAGACGACGAGAACCAGAAUGACGGGAAGAGAGCGUUUGUGAAGCCUCAGGACUGACGAUGUUCCUGUCAGAGAUGUUUUUAGAUGUUUGUGGCUGCCGUGGAGCAGCAGUUCUCUGGAUGUUAUACAUCCUGCUUUUAACUCGGAGGAGGAGCGACCCUCCUCGGAGCUCACAGGACUUCAGAUGUGAGCAGAGUUUCGGAGCUCCUGUGAGCUGCAUUUUUGUUACCUGUUGUUUGGUUUUUUGAUGAUGAUCAUAAAGAAUGUUAAAAUCACCUGUUGCCUGCUGCACCUGUUUUCUCCUCGUGAUGAAGCAGAGAUGAAGGUUAAUUCAGACAGGGCGUCCUGCAAAAACAUCUUCCAGGAACACAGGCUGUAUAUAAAAGAUGGAGACACAGCUGAGGUCAGACUGCAUUUAUUUCAGAGCGUUUGAAUCCUGUUUAAGUUAGAGACUGCGGGCU